CGAAAAUACACACAGAGCGAGCCGGCAUUAUUUGGAAAAAGUGGAAAUUUCACCAAUUUUAGCAUUCGGCUUCGCAAAGUUAUUCUUUCCUCCGUAUACGUUCAUCGUCGGAAGUGUCGCGCCCGGGUGAAAUGGCUUCGAUUGCAAAGAAAGUGAAGAAAUCCGACGACGCGUUGGAGGACGAGUCGGAAGCGUUGGAGGCAAUCGACAGCUGCCAAAACGAAAUCGAUGCGCUCAACGAAAAGGCGAGCGAAGAAAUCCUCAAAGUGGAGCAAAAAUACAAUACACUGCGAAAACCAUACUUCCAGAAGCGGAACGAAAUCAUCAAGCGGAUUCCGAGUUUCUGGGUGACUGCCAUAGUGAACCACCCGCAGAUAUCCGGCAUCCUUGAGGAAGAGGAAGAAGAGUGUUUGCAGUUUAUGGAGAAGCUGGAGGUGGAGGAGUUUGAGGAUAUCAAGAGCGGUUACCGUAUCCAUUUCUACUUUGACGAGAAUCCGUAUUUCGAAAACAAAGUGCUAACCAAGGAGUUUAACCUCGGGUCGAGCGGAGAGACGCCGGUAUCGACCAGCACAGCUAUCAAGUGGAAGCCGGAUCGUGAUUUGACCAAAAUGCUGCCAAAAAAGGCGAUGGCCAACCGACGGAAGCGUGGUCUGGAGUAUCGGACCUUCUUCGAUUGGUUCACGGACAACAAUGAUCCGAUCAACGACGACAUUGCGGAAUUGAUUAAGGAUGACCUGUGGCCAAAUCCUCUCCAGUACUAUCUGGUGCCGGACAUCGAGGUGGAACCAGAAGCGGAGGAAGAUGGGGGUGAGGAUGACUUUGGCGAUGAUGGCGAAGGGGAAGAGGAAGAGGACGAAAUUGAGGAGGAGGAAGAGGAAGCCUAAGAUUUCCUCCGGAAGAUAGGUCCAAGUAGGUUCUAUGUCUCCUUUCUGACGGGUGUGUGUAGAACGACAUUGUGGAUCAGAAUUUUUGGUAUAGAUGUAUGUGUUUCUUGGGUUUCAGGAAAAAUCUCCCUUCAAGUUAUUUUUUUCUUUUUGUAAUGCCUGCUAGCCACUGGACAAGCAUAAAGUUAUAUUUAUUAUUUGCUUCGUUGGCUGAAGGCCAAUUCAAAGACAGCAAAUCUUACGUUUCCAUGUUUGUAUGACGAAAUCCGUUAUCACUCUCGAAUAGGAUGAAUACUAUUGUUCCAUUUUUACGAAGUUGAUCUUAAGCUAAUCACGAUAACAGAGGUCUUUUUAUAGCAACAUUAUGUCUAGUAGAACAUUGUGUUGAACCAAUUCUUUUCACAAACAGAAGAAAUGAAGCAAAUCAAACAUUUAUCGAUAAUUAUUACACUAUAGUAAAGGAGCGAAGAUGGUUCUCUCCAAAACAGGAAUUAUGACAAAAAUUAUGAAGUAUUAUUGGCAGAAAGUGGUACCACAUUUGAAAUAUAUACGACUAAUAAACACUACUUACUGGAUAAGAACAGAAUAGUAGAAAAUGAAA